UUCAUCUCGCAAUUGCCUCCCGACGUCGCGCCGAACACCACGACGCCGCCAGGCUGCCGGACCGUGCCCUCGCCGUCGCUGACGCCCUCGCCUGCGCCCUCACCCUCGCCGCGCGCCGUCCUCGUCGCCGACCUCAAGCCCGCCGUCCUCGUCGCCGACGCGCCCUCGGCCGCGCCCUCGCCGCCGCCGACGCCCUCUGCCCUGACGCGCCCCUGCCCGCCCCGACGCCGCCCGCCGUCCUCGUCGCCGACGCCCUCUGCCCCGUCGCGGCCCAGCCCGCCCCGACGCACCCCUGCCCGCCGCCGACGCCCUCUGCCCCGCCGUGCGCCCCCUGCCCCGACGCCUCCCUCUGUGAGCACCGCACCCCUGCCCCCGCCGCCGCCGCGUUGCGGAUUUUUUUGUUAUAUAAUUAG